GGAGCAGCCGUGACAUCGCACCCGGAGCCCCGCCCCGGGGCAGCGCGGCCGGGCGGCGGGGUACCGGGGGAAGGAUGGCUCCGUGUCGCCUUCCCCAAGGAGAAGGCGGCAGAUAGAGCCCAGCCCGGGAUGCGGCUGCUUUCCCCCGCGCUCUGCGCAUCGCCGGGGCCAGCCCGGCGCGGAGGGGUCAGCCCAGGUUCGGCCACACCGCCCCGACACCCGCUCCGGCACGGGCAGCCCGACCUUGUCUCGCCGGGGGCCGAGCCUGGGAUUCGUCAUUCCUGCUGGAAAAAUGGCAGCGGCGUUGUGUUUCUCCGUGACACCCCACUCCCCCUGAUGCACAGGCCGGUUUUCCCUGAGGAGCAGCAGAAUCCUCCCUUUGUGCGGUCCGUAGCACCGCAGAGCUCCCGAGUGCCGCCGCGGCCUCGCCAGCCAAAAGUUUCAUCCCACUUUUCUGUAAGUGCACGGUGCUGUCUGCACCUUGGGAUUCAGGAUACAGCAAGGAAAAUCCCCAGUGGAACAGCUUUGUCGGUGAAGGCACCAAUGGAAAUGUGGGGCACCAGCAGCACUGAGAAGUUUUACAGGAUCCCUGAAGGAAAGGGACCACACUCGGUUGGAUGUACAGACCUGAUGACAGAAAAUGCAGUCGAGGGAAGCUUUUUGCGCCUGUAUUAUCCAGCACAUGAUGCCACAGAUAUCGAGGAGGCACGAUGGAUUCCAGACAAAGAAUACUAUCAGGGACUCUCUGACUUCCUUAAUCUGUACCGAGUUGUAGGAGAAAGGCUUUUCCAUUACUAUGUUGGUUCAGUGACCUGUCCUGCAAAGUCAAAUGCUGCUUUUAAGCCAGGAGAAAAAUACCCACUUAUUGUUUUUUCCCAUGGACUUGGAGCUUUUCGGACAAUCUAUUCUGCUAUUUGCAUAGAGAUGGCUUCUCAGGGCUUUAUAGUGGCUGCUGUGGAGCACAGAGAUGAAUCUGCUUCAGCCACAUAUUAUUGUAAAAGAAGGUCCGUUUCUGAGUCACAGGAAGAGUCUGUGCCUAACAUGGAGAAGGAGUGGAUCUACUACAGGAAACUGAAAACUGGAGAGGAGGAGCGUUGCUUGCGCCAUAAACAGGUGCAGCAAAGAGCACAGGAGUGUAUCAAAGCUCUCAAUCUCAUUCUUAAAAUCAAUUCAGGAGAGGAAGUAACGAAUGUGUUACAUUCAGACUUUGACUGGAACAGCCUAAAGGAUUCUGUUGAUACUAGCAGAAUAGCUGUGAUGGGACACUCUUUUGGUGGUGCUACAGUUAUUGAAAGUCUCAGCAAAGAAAUAAGAUUUAGGUGUGGCAUUGCCCUCGACGUGUGGAUGCUUCCUGUAGGUGAUGACAUUUACCAAAACAGUGUCCAGCAACCGCUACUUUUUAUCAACUCUGAAAAAUUCCAGUGGGCUGAGAACAUCCUAAAGAUUAAGAAGCUCAUCUCCAAUGACACAAACAAGAAGAUGAUCACAAUCAAGGGGUCAGUACAUCAGAGCUUUCCCGAUUUCACAUUUGUGAGUGGAGGAAUCAUUGCAAGAUUUUUCAAAUUAAAAGGAGAAAUAGAUCCAAAUGAAGCUAUUGAUAUCAGCAAUCAUGCUUCAUUAGCCUUCCUACAGAAACAUCUGAGUCUUAAGAAGGAUUUUGAUCAGUGGGAUUCUCUUGUGGAUGGAAUAGGACCCAAUGUUAUUCCUGGAACUAAUAUUGACACAUCUCCAGCUGAACCUGAGUAAGGAACACAAAGUACUGAAAAUGCCAUGGACAUCAGGACACUAAUAUUGGUCAGACAUUGCUCAGAUAUGUGGUGGCAUUAAACACCUAGACAGCUUUUGGGGUGUGGAGAAAAAAAAAAAGGCAAGGCAUUAAGUUACAUAAUCAUAAAAACAGAGGUUCUGUUCAAAUGAGUUAGUGGGAUGCUCUGAAAUACUGUAAUAGGGUAACUUCUGCUUUGUAAGCAGCUUGAGGAAAUCACUUGGUAAUAAUUUAAAUGCUCUUUCUGGUUUUGACUGGAAUCAAGUUUGCAGAAAGACAGUAGAGCUCCUAGGAAUUCAGCUACAAGUUAGUUUACCAAGCUUUAUGUCAGUUUGCAUCCAGGAAGCAUUUCCUGCAGCGUAGGGGAAAAGAAACAAACAAAAAAAAAA